AUUGUAUCAUCUAGGGUUUUCAGCGUAAGUGUGUUAAAGCCCCAUCCCGCUUCAGCUUACGGUUUCCUCCUCUUGCUGGCUGCAAUUUUACCGCGGUCUCAGUCUCUGCAUUCCAUCGGAGAUUAACCGGAGCCCUAGAAUCUUCGUCGGCAAUCAUGGGUAUUUCUCGGGAUUCCAUGCACAAGAGGCGUGCUACUGGAGGAAAGAAGAAGGCUUGGAGGAAGAAGAGAAAGUACGAGCUGGGUAGACAACCCGCAAAUACAAAGUUGUCGAGCAACAAGACGGUGCGCAGAGUGAGAGUUCGUGGUGGUAAUGUCAAGUGGCGUGCCUUGAGGCUGGAUACAGGAAACUACUCUUGGGGGAGUGAAGCUGUGACCCGAAAGACUCGUAUUCUGGAUGUUGUUUAUAAUGCAUCUAAUAAUGAGUUGGUUAGGACCCAGACUUUGGUAAAGAGUGCUAUUAUUCAAGUUGAUGCUGCACCAUUCAAGCAGUGGUAUCUUCAGCAUUAUGGAGUUGACAUUGGUCGCAAGAAGAAGACUGCUGCCAAGAAGGAAGGAGAGGAGGCUGAGGCUGCUGCUACUGAAGAGGUAAAGAAGAGUAACCAUGUCCAGAGAAAGAUAGAAAAGCGUCAACAAGACCGCAAGAUUGAUCCACAUAUUGAGGAACAGUUCAGUAGUGGCCGUUUGCUAGCUGCUAUCUCCUCACGCCCAGGCCAGUGUGGGCGUGCUGAUGGUUACAUUUUGGAAGGCAAGGAGUUGGAGUUUUACAUGAAGAAACUUCAGAGAAAGAAAGGAAAGGGUGCAAGCGGAGCUUAAUUUGGUUCGAGCUCAUGAAAAUUCUCCAAUCUAGAAUGUUACUCUUCGACUUUGUUGUUGUCAUUGGAAGGAGGGGGUAGUUUGGUUGAGCUUUCCAGAGUUACAUUGAACAUUAUUUCACUUGUCACUGAGGUCAUAUCUCGAGGACGCUCAUUGUUAGUUUUGUGAUCUUUAGCUGAUUGAUUGCUUUGAUCUUUUCACUGUGGAAUUAGUUGUAAUUAUUUUCUUGAAUGUCCGUUAGUUUUUGCCCCAUAAGUGCUUUCUCAUGCAAAUUUAUGUUAUUGGAUUUUGGUAAUUCGAUGACAUUAAUU